AUGAAUUAAAGACCAAUCAAAAAUGGAUAUCUGUAAUUUAAUAAAAUAAGCUAAGAUAACAGAAACAUAUAUUUGGACUAAAAACUACUAAAUUUUAUUAUUUGGAAGGAACUCAAUUUUUGAUUUUUGAAGAUGACAAAGUAAUUGCUUAUUUAUUAUCAGACUCAUAUACCACAAGAAAGAAUAGAUCUAUCAGGUUUCAUAGUUGAUGGCACUUGGUAGGAAGAUGGUUAUUAUACAUUUACCCUAAGACAUUUAUAAUAAGAGAUUAUUAUGUAAUUUAUAACUAUGACAUAUGAUGAUGCUGCAGAAUGGGUUAGUAAAAUUAAAUAAGCUAUACUCAUUUCUGAAUAUGAAGCUUUGCUCCAUUAAACAAGUUAUUAAAUUUCAAUUGAUUAAAAUAGAUCGUAUAAGAAUGACUCAUCAAAUGUUACAAAGUAUAUAUAUUUUCUAUUGAUUUAGAAAUAUUCCUGAAUAUGUUUAAAAAUAAUUAUAACUCUAUUAAGAAUUAAGUAAAGAUAAAUGGAUUAUUGAGAAAACAUUAAAGCAAAUGAAAUUAACAGCAAUUUAAUCAUAAAAUAAUAUCAUAUUAAAAGGAGAAUAUGUAUUUAAUACUUCACUUUAAAAUGUGAUAACAAUAAUUCAAGUAAAUGAAUUUAUUAAAUUAAAAUAGAAAGGUGGAAAACUGUUAGAUUUAUUUAGAAAAUAAUCUGAUGUUCACGAGAUUGAUUUAAAUUAAUUUCAUUAAGAUAUUUGGCAUUUUAAUAAUGAUGGUAAGAAAUAUAUUUUAGAAUCCAAAUAUAUAUAGUUUGAUUUUCAAAGAAAUAACUCAUUUUUUUUAACCAAAGAAUCUAUUACUGAAAACUAAUUUCCAAUGAUUAAAACAGAUGAAAAACAAUCAAAGAAAAAUAUGAUAUCUAUAUUUAAAGUUUUGGAAAUUAUACAUGUAGUUGAGGAGGAUUCUAAAUGUUUUACUUAAUAUAUGUAUGUAGUAAAGAAAGAUGAAAAUGAAAAAAUAAUAAGAAAAUUGAUGAAAGAAUAAAUAAUUAAUCUGUCUAUAAUUUCAACAGAAUUGGAUUUACUUUUAAUGUAGAUUAAUAAUGAAUCUAUACCAAUAAUAUAAUCAAGAAUUGUAGUUGGAACAGAUCAUUCAAAUUAAGAAAAUUAAGAAAAUGAAUUUAUACAAGGUGAAAAUAUACAUUUUCCUCCUUAAGAUAGAUUAGGUUAUGUGGAUCAUUAAUUACAACCAAAUCAACCAGCAGCAAUACAUGAAAAUAUGCAUAAAAGAAUCAUACAUUAAAAUGAAGAAUAAUUGAAGGCAUUAGCAGAAUUAAAAGAGAGGAUAGGACAUCUAUUUUUGAAUGAUUAGACCAUGAUUAGAUAUUUAAUUGCAAGAAAUUAUAAAGUAAAAGAAACUGAAAAAAUGAUAUUGAAAUGCUUAGUAUAUAUUUAAUUCUUUAUUUUAUUUAGUAAUGGAGAAAGGAAAAUAAAAUAAAUUCUAGAAAAACUUCUGAUUACUAAAUUUAUGCUAAUGAGAAUGUACAUACUUAAUUGGGAUUUUCUAAAUGGGGUCAUCCAAUUUUAGUAACUAAUGGAAUGAAUUCACAUCCAGAAAAGUUUGAAAAUGAAUAAGGAUUCUCUGAAUAAGGAUAUUUAGAAUAUCAUUAAAGUUUAAUGGAAGAAGGAAUUAGAUCGUAUUUAUUUAUAUUAAUAAUAAAAGUAUGAGAGGAUAUGUAGAUCAAUUUAUAGUGAUUAUAGAUUGUUAUAAAUUGACUCCAGCUAACUUUUCUUUCAGUGUAUUGAAGAAUGCAUUUAUAGAAAUUUUCAAUUAUUAUCCUGAAAGAUAAUUUAGAAUAUAUGUAUUAAAUACAAAUUUCUUGACUCGAUCCUUUUAUGCUAUGUUAAAGCCCUUUUUACCAUCUAGAACAGUUGAAAAGGUUAUAUAAAUUUUAAUUUUUAGAUAAAUUUUAUAGGAUAAGAUUUUAAUGAGAUUAAGAAUGCAUUAUCAAGAGAUUUAGAUGAAGAAACAAUUCCAAAAAGGUAUGGUGGUAAAAAUAUACUAAUUUAAUGA